AUGAUAGUUUCCCAUGUCUUUGAUUGGCCAGUCAAGUAUAUACUGAAAGCCGUGUACCAACAAAAUUGUUAUCAAAAUUCUAUACCUGUUUUAAACACCAACGUGGGGUUGGUUAUCGAUAAGUUUAGUGAACCUUUACCAAUCAUUGCACAAUCCUGGACCGAUUUUACCCGGAAUAAUAGUCGUGGCUCCUUUAGUUACAGUGUUGUUCCAAUCGUUUAUGCGAUAUCUGUCCUGGCGGUAAUUAUAUGGUUUUUGACCAUCUUUGUGUUGACCAACUAUACUGUGAAACCCUCAUGGCUAUUAAAAGGCUCCACCUUUUUAUCGUCGGUGUACAUCUUGCUAGUUGUGGUUAAAUCCAUUGUUUGCUUACACAGACAACAGCGAGAAGGCUACCUUCACGGUGCACAAUUGUUGGACCAAGUGAAUGGAGAUAGGGCUGUAAAUAUAAUGGACUUGAUUGUAGUCAUGCUACUACAAAUCAACCAGGUCCAAAUAAUUAUGAGAUUGUUCCAAAGGCAAAAAGAUAAGCGUUUAACUUUUUACGUUGGCAUGGUGGCAACGCUAUUGUCACAAGUGAUUUGGAGUGUUUCGCUGUUUCAUAAUUUCCAUUUUGAUGAUGAAGCCGGAGAUAUAUUACCUGCCUUUAUUUACUUGGUCAGAAUUGCCAUGGCAUUGUGCUACGCCGCCAUUAUUACUGUUUAUUUCAUUAGCAAAAUAAAACUUAUUCUCGCUAAUAGAAGAAUAUGGUUGUUGACAUUGCUUACGUUAAUUUUGAUUUAUAGUCCGGUGGCUUUCUUUAUUGCCGAUGUUUCCAACGCAUUCAUCUACGAGCUCUCUGAGAUUUUCUCAGUGGUCAAUUACGUCAUUGGGGUAGUUAUACCUUGGGAAUGGUGUAAUAAAUUCAACAUCAUCAUGAAGGCUAAAGAAAAAGAAGGUGUUUUGGGUAGAAGAUUUUAUGAGGACGAGUCAUAUGAACUAGACCGUUUUGAACUAUUUGUUGAGGAGCAGGCUCCCGGCGAUGAAGACGAUGGAGACUAUAAUGAGGGAGUUGGAUAUAGGGAAGAUGAAAAUGGUUUGCAUUUGGAAGAUGGAGAGCGCGGCGUGUAUAAUAUGGCGGAUAUGCAUAAUAGCGUCGAAAGAACACCAGCAGCGCUGAACAGCAUAAAUUGCAAUGGAGUUGUUGAAAACAGUGUGUCUGGUGAUGGAGUAACAAAUUCUUUAUCGAAUAGUGAACCAUCAAGGACAAGGAGACAUGAGUUUAAAUCAAAGUUUAAGAAGAGCUCAUCCAAGUCACCUACCUCAAUGUCACAAACUUUCCAUGGAGAAAACUCCGUGUUCAAAACAAAAUUAUUUGCCGUUGUUGAAAACUCUAAAAAUGCUUUUAUUUCCUUGACAGAUCAUAUUAUUGCAGCAGGUUUUGCAAUACCACGGUCUGUCAGUGUUUCUAGUCAAAGUCAAACUCAAGGUCAAAGUCAAGGUCAUGGUUAUGGCGAGGACAAUGUUACCAAUGCAGAGGAGCGGGCUCUUUUUACUGCCGGUGACAAUGUUCAGGGCGCCAAUAGACAACUGGGCAAUCGAAUUGUUCAAACAAAUUCUGUCUCAAACUCGACAGAAAAUAACUCGGUGUCAUUGGGCACGAAUAGAAACAGAAGAAAUGUUUAUGUUUAUGCUAAGAAGGAAGUAGUGAUUGAUUUAUCUGAAGACGAAAACGAGCUGCAGCUGUAA